AUGACUGUCCCUACCUUCGACAUCAUCAUUCUACUCGGCCUCUUCAUCACCUCGACCGUCGAUGCCCUUCACCGAUACCAACGAGUGAUCAAUGCGGAGCGAAUUGUUAUCACCGCGAGCACGAGCAUUGCCGCUCUGAUCGUCUGGGCUUUGAUCGGCCUCUUUGCUGGCAACGGCUCCUCUUUUCCCUUGGGCAUUGUAGUAUUCGCCCCGAGCGGUGUCUGCUUUAACGGUCUGGCCAUCUUCUUCGGUGCUGAAGCGCUUCGCAUAGAUGCAUGA